GCAAAAAUGUCUGGGAAGCGUCUGGCGUUCAGCUCAGCUUCCCCUUUCACCUCACCAUAGUCAGCCCACCAAGUUCUACUAUCUGCGCAGAUAGAGAUCCCUAGGUUGAAUCACAAGAAGCAAAACCGAGAGAUAUUAUCGCAGCAAGAACGCGCAGUCUGGCCAAAUUUAUUAACUGAACCCUAAUACUAGCCUCCAACGCUGCGCAAUUUAUGCAUGCCGAUUGCAUUUCCGAGAAAGUGCGUCAUCAAUAGGGGGAGGAGAUACGCAAUCGGGGCAAAACAGUCUAAUUCAGGGCGGAGUGUGUUUUAAGUAGGCUAAAGGAAAAGGCAACAGUUCGCGCCAUCAAGGAAUGGUCUAUCGGAAGUUUAAAAAGGGAAUAUGAUGUUGUAUUCCAUUUAAUUGGACCAAAGCGUGUCUCACACCUACAUUAGAUUUCUCGUGCAGCAAGGGGAAUACACCUACCUGCUGACACAGGAGGCAGAAUCAUCACAGAGGAAACUGCAUCACCGUCAUGUCUGCACCAGGAUACCCAUCGCCACACCAGGGCCCGUACCCCAUGGCUCAGCCCGGUGGCUACUCCAUGCCUCCCUACCCGAUGGGUCCACCAGGGUACGGCGACCCCAGCCAGGCACCCCCUCCCGGGUUCCAGAUGGACUAUCAGCCCCCUCCAGGCCAGCCCAUCAUGUAUCAGCCUGGGCCAGUCAGCCCUGGGCCACCCAUGCCCAUGCAUGAGUACGGAGGAGGCGGAGGGCCGGAACCAGGGGCCCCCCAUCCUGGCUACCAGCCCUCCCCUCCCGCUCCCGCUCCUGCUCCUGCUCCAGCCGCAGCGGUCGUCUCUGUGCCAGUCGGGAUUCCACCAGGCCUGGAGUACCUCGCUCAGAUUGAUCAAAUAUUGAUUCAUCAGAAAGUUGAACUUCUGGAAGCAUUCAUCGGCUUUGAAACCAACAACCAGUACGAGAUCAAGAACAGCCUGGGCCAGAAGAUCUAUAAGGCCAAGGAGAAGAACGACUGCUGCACGCGCAACUGCUGCGGCUCCCUGCGCAGCUUCGACAUGAAAAUCAAGGACAACGGGGACCGAGAGGUCAUUCGCCUCAUCCGGCCCUACCGCUGCGUUUCCUGUUGGUGCCCCUGCUGUCUCCAGGAAAUGGAGGUCCAAGCACCGCCUGGCACCACCAUUGGCUUCAUCACGCAGGACUGGUCGCCGUGCUAUCCCAAAUUCUCAAUCCGAGAUGCGGACCGCAACACUGUGAUGAAGCUGGAGGGGCCCUGCUUCGCCUGCAACUGCUGUGGAGAUGUGAACUUUGAGCUGAAGGGGAAGGACGGGGGGCAUAACAUAGGCCGCAUUAGCAAACAGUGGAGUGGCCUGCUCAAGGAGGUGUUUACAGACACGGACAACUUUGGCAUCAACUUCCCUCUUGAUAUGGAUGUCAAAAUGAAGGCAGUGUUGAUGGGAGCAUGCUUCCUCAUUGAUUUCAUGUUCUUUGAGAAAGUUGGGGAGACCAAUCAACGCAACACAGUUUUCUCAUAGAAGGAUCAGAGGAGAGAGCGGCCGCGUGUGCGCGCGCGAGAGAGAAAGAACCAAGAAAAGCGGUCUCCCUCUGUGGAUUUGCAUAGUGUAGACCACAGAUGACCAUAUUAGCCUCUUGUUAUGCUAUUCUACUCCUGCCUAUCUAUCUACAUGCCUGGGUUAUGUCCUGCCAUCCAUCAGUGCCUUCCACCCGGUGGUCUCUACAGCAGUGGGAGUUGCAGCUCUUCAACAUCAUUACUCCUCUGUUAGUUUUCUUUUUUCCAUGUCGUUCUUCACCACUCACUCUACAACGGGGCAUUCCGAUCCAAUCUUGUUGCCCAUUUGUACUGGUGCACUGUCGACAAAUUAACAGUCUAACUUUUCUACAUUUUUAUAAUUGUGUUAUUUACCAUGUAAGUGUCAAGUACUUAGGUUAUUUUAUACCAUCUCUGCGCACAACAUUGUUUUUUUUUGACGAUGGGAAGCUAAGUGGGUCUUUGUCUUUUUUUUUUCUUUUCAUGUUUUGCACGCACACACACACACACACACACACACACACACACACACACACACACGGCAUUGACUGCUAACACCAAGUUGAUGUUACAGUAGGUUUUGUAAGGCUGUAGGCAGGGUGUGGGAACUCCAGCCUUAGUCACUUUUUCCUCCCAAGUCUGCGGAAGUUUCAGUGUUAAAGCCAAAUGGAAAUCGACAACACAUGAAGGGAGGGACAGUGUGGGAGGGGAGUGAAAACCGGAGUGAGUUGUUGUGUGAUGAGGCAGAGAGACUCCCAGGUUGGCAAAUCGUUGUCUAGUAGAAAGCAAGUAUUUGUGUUUUUUUAUUACUGAACGCUGCUCUGUCACCUGAGGAUGUGUCAGGGUGCCGGAAUUUCUUGAAGGUCACGGCCUCGUAUGUGAAGCCAAAGAAAUGAUUACCACCUCAUGUCUCUUGCAAAGAAAAAAAAAUGUGGUCUGACUGCAGUGUUUUGUCCUUAGAGAAAGUUAUUUUCUCUUUACGGGAUACACUCCCAAAUCAGUUUGUUGCCAGGGGUAACCAAAUAAUCCAGCAGGGUUUUUACAGAAAUUCUUCAACAUGUGUGGAGUAAGUUGCAAAUUCGCUGGAGAAAACAAUCUGGAAAUUCAGAUUAUAUAGAAUAAAACACAGCCAGCUACAGACAACCAAUCCAGAUUAUCUUCUCCAUUCACCUCCCAAAGCCAUUAUAAAUGUCAAAGCCACUGUAUGUUGAGAUGCUUAGGUUAGGGUCUGCUUCACAAGACUUGCACGUUUGUUUGCAAAACACGUAAACGCGUAAAAGUUUAACAGUAGAAUUGCAGUUGCUGAAUUAACACAUUGUUUUCGUGAGAUACCUAAACAUUUGUCCACUGGUGUUUCAAUCUGUGUCAAUUGUUCGUCUGUUCAUGUAUGAUGUACUUUUGUAAGUUGUUCAAGUUGUAUAUACACAUGGAGGUGUUACUUUGUGCAACAUCUCUGGCCUAUUAUGUUUAUAAUCAAUACCAAUUCACGAUGUUUGAAUUAACCACUUUCAUUUUGUUACAGCCUUUUCAUUUUACAAUGUUACUAUGUUUUUUAUAUUCCCUAAACAUGUUAUUCUAAAAGAACGUAUAAAAUGUAAGACAAUGUAUAAUUAAAAAGGUCUACCAAAUGACAA